GGAAGCUAGUGUCUUUCUACAGCAAGGCCCAGAUCGCAUAGGAAGCAUAUAUAAAAAAGCUGUGUACAUGCAGUACACAGAUAACUCAUAUAGUCAUGUUGUGGAAAAACCACCAUCGUUGGGCUUCCUGGGGCCGAUUAUGAAAGCAGAAGUUGGGGACUCUUUUAUGGUUCACUUAAAAAAUUUUGCUACAAGAGCCUACUCUCUACAUCCUCAUGGUGUCAAAUACACAAAAGAAAAUGAAGGAGCUUUCUAUCCUGAUAAUACCAACCAUUUACAAAAGAAAGAUGAUGCUGUGCAGCCAGGAGAGCAGUAUGUUUAUAAGUGGGAUGUUACUGAAGAUCAUGGUCCAGCAGAAGGAGACAGUAACUGCUUGACAAGGAUCUAUCACUCUCAUAUAGAUGCCCCAAAGGAUGUCGCCUCUGGACUUAUUGGAGCUUUAAUCACUUGCAGAAAAGGCACUCUGCAGAAUGGAAAAGAUAAAGAUGUUGACCGUGAGUUUGUCUUGCUGUUCUCUGUGAUGGAUGAAAACUUUAGCUGGUACUUAGAUGAGAAUACUAAGAAAUACUGCUCUGAACCUGACAAAGUUGACAAAGAGAAUGAGGACUUCCAAGAAAGCAACAAAAUGCACUCAAUCAAUGGAUAUAUGUAUGGGUAUCUUCCCAAUGUCACAAUGUGUGCAGGAGAGAAAGUGAAAUGGCAUCUUUUUGGCAUUGGUAAUGAAGCUGAUAUCCACUCCGUUUAUUUUCAUGGGCAAACCUUGACAGAAAGGAAGCAUCGUGUCGACACAAUCAGCCUCUUCCCAGCUACCUUUGUGGAUGCUCUUAUGGUGCCCAAGAAUGAUGGUGAUUGGUUGCUUAGCUGCCAAGUCAAUGAUCAUAUAGAAGGUGGCAUGCAGGCCAUUUUUAAGGUGAAAAACUGUGAACACCAUUCUCCAUCUCUUAUGAACCAAACCCCUACCGUCAUUACCACAAGAUUCUAUUAUAUUGCUGCAGAGGAAGAGGAAUGGAACUAUGGCCCAUCUGGAACAAAUGAAUUCACAAGAGAAUCCCUUGAUCUAGAUGAGGAUUCCAAGACAUUUUUUGAAAAAGGCAAAAAUAGAAUUGGUGGGACUUAUAAAAAAGCCCGUUUUUUUCAAUAUACCAGUGUCGACUUUAUUAGACGUUCUUUCCGGUCUCAUAAUGAAAAGCAUCUUGGACUUUUGGGACCGAUCUUGAGAGCAGAAGUUGGCGACUAUAUUGAAGUAGUCUUCUUCAACAAUGCAAGCCGCCCCUUCAGCAUUCAACCACAUGGCCUGAGUUAUACCAAAAGCAAUGAGGGCUCUUUCUACCACACUCUGUCUGGAGGUACUCCAAGUCCAGGUUCACAUGUGAAACCUGGAGAGAAAUUCAUCUAUAAAUGGGAAGUGCCAGAAACUGUGGGCCCUACGCCAGAUGAUCCAGAUUGUCUAACCCUGCUGUAUUAUUCAGCUUCAGAUCCAAUCAAGGAUACCAAUUCCGGCCUGGUGGGCCCACUCUUGGUGUGCAGAAAAGGCAUAAUGCCUGCUCCAUGGAAACCGGAUAAUGUAGACAAGGAAUUUUUUCUUCUUGCAACAGUAUUUGAUGAAAAUCAGAGCUGGUAUUUAGAUGACAAUAUUAAUAAAUUUAUAGAACACCCUGAAGAGGUUGAUAAAGAAGAUGAGGAUUUUCAAGAGUCCAAUAAGAUGCACUCUAUAAAUGGAUAUAUGUAUGGAAAUCAGAAAGGCAUUGAGAUGUGUCUUGGACAGAUAGUUUCCUGGCAUUUGAUCAGCUUGGGGACUGAGGUUGACAUUCAUGGAAUAUAUUUUUCAGGAAAUACUUUUGUAACUAAAGGGACUAGGAAGGAUACGGCUAAUCUUUUCCCGCAUACUUCUGCCACAGCUGUUAUGAAGCCUGACUCAGAAGGUCUUUUUGAAGUGGCCUGCCUCACAACCGAUCACUACACAGGUGGUAUGAGACAAAUGUAUGAAGUAAAGAGAUGUGGUUCAUCAGCAAAAGAUGAGCAAUACACUCAUCAGAAGACUUUCUACAUUGCAGCUGAAGAAGUUGAGUGGGACUAUUCCCCUAACAGGACAUGGGAACAAGAGAGGCACCAGUUCCAUGAUGAAAGUCCAGGAAAUCCAUUUUUAAACAAGGAAGAUAAAUUCAUUGGGUCAAAAUACAAGAAAGUGGUUUAUCGGGAAUAUACUGACCAAACAUUUAAAAUCCCUAAAGAACGGAAUGAAGAGAAAGAACAUUUAGGAAUUCUAGGUCCUCUGAUUCUUACACAAGUUGGAGAUAUAAUUACAAUUGUUUUCAAGAACAUGGCCUCUAGGCGUUAUUCUAUCCAUGCACAAGGAGUAAAAACUAAGUAUCCACUUGUAACAGAAACACUUCCAGGUGCAACCGAGGAGUAUAUCUGGGAAAUCCCAGCAAGAUCUGGUCCUGAGGAAGGAGAUUCUACCUGUAUUCCCUGGGCAUAUUAUUCCACUGUGGAUAGAGUGAAGGACCUCCAUAGUGGAUUAAUAGGAACACUUGUUGUCUGUCGCAAGGAAGUUUUUCCUGUAAUUCCACAUCCCAAAAUUCUGCAGUUUGCUCUCCUUUUUCUGGUGUUUGAUGAAAAUGAAUCGUGGUAUUUAGAUGAGAAUAUCAAAUUGCAUUCCGCCAAUCCAGGAGAUGUAAACAAGGAAGAUGAGGAAUUCAUUGAAAGCAAUAAAAUGCAUGCCAUUAAUGGAAGACUGUUUGGAAACUUGCAUGGUCUUACAAUGCAUGUUGGAGACAAAGUAAACUGGUACUUGUUAGGAAUGGGGAAUGAAGUUGAUAUGCACACUGCACAUUUCCACGGCCAUAGCUUCGAUUACAAGUACAAUAGAACUUUCCGGGCAGAUGUGUAUGACCUGUUCCCUGGGACAUUUCAAACUGUUGAGAUGUGGCCAAAAUAUCCUGGGACGUGGCUACUGCACUGUCAUGUGACUGACCACAUCCAUGCUGGCAUGGAAACUACUUACUCUGUGCUCCCAAGGUCCUUUCUUCCCUCAAGGGGGCAGCAUGUCAAGAGUGAAAACUUGGCAGCCACAUGCCUUAUUGUUUUCAUCUUGUUAUUUGUGUAAGGGGGGGGGGGAGAAGAUGAGGCUUCGAAUGGGUUAGUUAGAAAAACGAAACCUCUCCAGUUCUGCAGAUGUCUGUUGAAACACAAAUGUAUGGAAACUUUUCGAGGACAUUCUAACUGGGGGGAAGAAGACAACAAAAGAUUCUCAAAACAACGAGAAGGUGUUUGCAUGAACUACAUGGACAUCUGGGAGGUUUGGGUGAGAAUGUCAUUGUAAUAUGCUUUGGUUGGGAUUUUAGAGUUGGUUUUCCUUCGCCUAUACCAGUAAGAUCUUCAGAAAUGAAAGAAAUCCUGGACUUUAUUUGGAUACUCAAGCUGGAGGUUGACAUUAAACUAACUCUCAUAAUUUUUGUAGCCUACCUGGGUUUAUCUCCCAGGAGUGCUAGUACAUUUUAAGUUCUGCAAUAGAACAGAAGACAGAGGAAGGGUCAGCUCACAAAGAUACUUCUCUCCAGAGGAUGGCAACUUCUCUCCAGAGGAUGGCAACUCUCAAACAACGAGAAGGUGUUCACAUGAACUACAUGGACAUCUGGGAGGCUUGGCUGGGAAUGUCAUUGUUAUUUGCUUUGGUUAGAUAUCUUGGGAUUUUAGAGUUAGUUUUCCUUCGCCUGUACCAUGUCAUGUAUUCAAUAAACCAGUAAGAUCUUCAGAAAUGAAAGAAAUCCUGGACUUUAUUUGGAUAGUCGAGCUGGAGUUGACAGUGGUUUUAACUUUAACUCCAGUCCAGAUCCAACAUUUUAAACACUGCAACCCUUCUCUCUCUAAUGAAAGUGUGUUUAUUCAAGUAAACUGAUACAAUUUUUAAUCUCAUAAUGCUGAUAAGCUGUAUCUCUUUAAUAUCUGCAUAUUGUAUGUUUCAUUCUAUUGGAAGAAAUUUGAAUCCCUAUGUGUUUUCUCUACUAACUCUGUCUCUCUCUCUCUCUCUCAUCUAUCUAUCUUAUCUUAAAUUUGUUUCCAUUGGCAUUCUGGAAAGGACAAACUGUGAAAAUAAGUAAUACACAUAUAGUACCCCAUGUUUGAAAUAGUAGCCCUGGAUGAAACAUGCUACUUAAACUGGUGCCUGCAAGCAAAUAUAUAUUUUCUCUUUGGACCUAUCCACAAAUUCAGGUUUCAGAAACUACACUAUAUGUAUCAAACUUGAUGAUUUACCAGGAGUUUUGGACUACAGCACUUAUAGUUCAAAGCCAUGCCUACUGGGUUUUAUGGGAGAUAAAAUAUUUGGAGUAUACCACCUUGCCUAGUUUUAGCAUAGACAAUUACUUUUAGAGCACUAGUUUCUUAAAAUUCUACUCGUUAUUUGAAUGAAAGGGAGAAAUUAAGAACAUAUCUACUUUUGGCUAUAAUAAAAAUAUAAAAUAUAUAUUAGCUUAAAUGUUCUUUUGAAAACCACUGACUUUCACUUUCUAUCAU